AAACCAGCAGGUUUUGAAGACCUGCUAAGUCAAGUUCAAAGUAUGUGGACUGAGCAGGCACCUGGCACUCCUGAGACCAGCUCAGCUCUGCCAGGAAACUGGAAUCUCACUGUAGCUCUUGGAACUGCAUUCUGAAUUUGACCAUCACUCAAGGAAGCUGGCUGGAAUAAAAGCUCCCUGGACUGAGAAAGAGCCCGCAGCUGAGCUUGCUCACUCGCUCCUACCUGUGGCUCUUCAACUCACUCAGCUUCCCACCUCCUCCUGCCCACCCCACUUCCCCACUCUCUGCUCGUAACCACUCCUCACUUCAUUCUCUCCUCUCUCUGCUCUCCCUCUUUUCAGCCCCUCCCCUCUUUAGUUGAGAACUAAUUUUUCCAGCUCCUCACGUUUCCUCUCCCCACCUCCCCAAUCUGGUCCCUUCAGUUUCUUCUCUCUCCCCUUAUCUUGCCAGCUUCUCUCCUUGCUCCCUGUUCCCCUUCUCUCUUUCAUUCACUCUACCACCUACCCUUCUUUUUUCCUCCCCUCCCCCUGCCUCAGCCCUCGGUGUUUGCUUUUCUCCCGGAUGCAGACGAAAGGGUUGGCCUGCCCGUGCCCUGCCCUACCCAAGUUCUUGGAACUGGGGACCUGCUUAAUGGCUGAGGGUUCCGGGACUCAGGCACCAGGUCAAGGGCCUCCUAUAAACAUCCAGUUUCUUCGUGCCCAGUAUGAAGGUCUGAGGAGACAGCAGAAGACCCAGGCCCACCUAAUGGUGUUCCCUAAAGAAGGGACCAUGCCUACUCCAGCUGAAUCGAUGACCAGUGCUGUUUGGAUUAACAAGGAGAGAAGGAGCUCAUUGUCGCCAGAGGAGACUGACUCUGAGGCUGAGGGGAUGUUGGAGGACGUGGACAGAAGCUGCCACCAGGCUCCCGAAACUCCAUGGCACACUUACUUAGAGCUGCACCGCUUGGUUCAAACCUUCCAUCUGGAAGCUGAUCACCAAGGGAACCCCAAGGGACACCUUGUGGAGCCAGAAUCAAGGUUCUCUCCAGAGGGAGACACUGAUGUUUUGAAAAACAAUCAGAAGACACAGCACGAAAUCAAAAUCCCAGAGGGAGUCCAGUGUCAAAGUCAGGAGGGCUGUGCCCCACUACAGGCAGCAGGCUCUAGUGCUCAGUGUGUCUCCUCCACAAAGAACCCACACAGGUCUGGAAAGCCAGUUUACUAUCCCUUUCCCCAGAGGAAACCUCCCAGGAUCUCCCAAGCUGCCCGGAACCUGGGCUUAUAUGGCCCACCCUGAACCUUUCCACUCACCCAGAUAGCUCAACCAUGCGGCCACCAGUGACUCAUCAAGGAACCCACACAAAGCCACAACCAGAGCCUUGAACAAUGAGCAACAGGUUGGACCACCUCGAUUUUGGAAUCAUGGGAAAUGAGCUUCUUAAUGGACACGUGGGUUUUUUUUUUUUUCCUUCUAAACUCAAGAGACUACCCAAGUCAGACUGAGUACCCUUAGGAUGAAACUGCUCUCUUAACCACCAGCCCAACUUUAAUCUUGUAGUGAAAGGUCGCUUAGUAACCCUAGAUGUGCCUCUGUGACGGGGACCAGUGCACCACUUGGUCCCUGAGGUAAAACAGGACUUUUAGCCAGUAGGAUAUCUUCCAAAUGUCUGGGAGUCAAUGAUUGCAGGACUCCCCUCCCCCUCCUCAGUACUUCCUGGUUCUUUGUAUAUGCUGGGAGGGUCUCUGAGAACUUAGUACCUUUCUUUCUGUACUGGUGCUCACAUCUUUCCAUCCUAAGCCUCCCAGACUGUGGUCAGCCUGGGUAAAAAAAGGGCAAGACAGUUCCACAUACCAUCCUGUGGGUUUAAGGAGUCCCUGGGAAAGGAUGUUUUCCUUCACCUGUCACUGAGAUGGUACAUCCCAGCUUCAUUACAAAUCUAUUUCCUGUCAACCUUUCCUUCUAUAUUUUUUUUCCACUCCUUGUACCCGUGUUCUCUUCUGCCAAGUAACUUCUUAUUAAAAUCCACCGAUCAUUCACCA